GAAAGUGCAAUUGAUGUUUCGCAAUUCCUGUCAAGUGUUCAUCCGGAUAAACCGUCGAAAGAUCGCAAAACCAAAUCACUGCUGUCAAAUUGUCGAAAAGCGAUGCGUAGGUACCUACAAGCUAUCGCGGCCGCCUUCUUCGCCGCAAGGACUGGGCUGACCGAAGCGUCUGCUGCGCAUACAGUGGCCCUUCCCCGUGCAAAUGUCGAACUGCUUGCCAUUGAAAAGAAUCAGGCAGCAGCGCUCCAAGCGGUCGAGUUGUGCGGUAAAUACGUCGACUCGUGUGCCAAGAUAGUCGAUGCCAUCGGUGGCCACGUCGCUUACCUGGAGGAGCACAACUUGGAUUUUGCAAUCGUCAACCUCACGAUCCCCACGCCAGACGCGAACGUCGUCGCGCUGUCGAUCCUUGUCGACGGACACGUGCAUUCCAUUCCGCUGCAGAUGCAUCAGGACCCGUCCUUGGCGAUUGCCGUGUUUUGCCGUGCGCAUCCAUCUCUGUCCAUGAAUGAUUGCGACUCGCUCCAUGGUCAUGCGAUGGCCAAGUCGGAGUUUGAAUUUCCCAAGGACGUUCCUUCGUCGCACUACUUUCGGACGCUGCGACCUCGCCAGUUGUGUCCGUUUAACCAGCGGCUUUACCUAGAAAUCGACCGACUGCUGGAACACGCGUGCUUUUUCAUGGACACUCAACCCGAGCCAGCGUACUGCGGUCGCCUCGAUCGCGACGAGCCCAUGUUCGUCAAAGCCAACGUCAUCGGCCAGCCAGGUCCCCACUUUGUCCUAUUGACUAACGGCACGCGCAGCCUUCACGCCGUUUUCUUUGCGAUGGUCGAACCCUCCGUGCAACUCAAGGCCAGCUAUGGCAAAACCCCCGACGACGACAUAGGCCAUGUUGUGAUGCACCUGGAGGGCGUCGAUGUCGGCGACGAACGAACGCGGGUGUGCUUGGUAUCGACCGCGACGGCGCCGUCUCCGCCUUCCUUUGACUGCUUCAAAUCAUCAGCGCUGUCGAACGACAUGCUCGUGCCUCGGCUAUCGCACACUACGACCAGUGUGAUGGCGUUGGUGCUCAACGAGUACAACAAGUGCACUUGCAUGUCCAACGUGAUUCAAUGGCCAUCACUACGUGGUGGUUUUUCAAAGCAAACCAUCUUGGCUCCAGACCGAUCCGUGUUUGCACCGCCCCGACGCCACCCGAAUAAAGGGCUGCUGUCGUCGUCGUCAUCGCUCUUGCACUCGUUGUACGACCAAGAGUGGGGCGUAUACUCUCAAAACGGCGAAGAUGGUGUGCUGCAGCUGCUGUUUCAGGUCGUGCCGGCGACCACCAAGGUCUUUGUCGAGUUUGGCGUCGAGGAUGGCUUGGAGUGCAAUACGCGGUACCUGCGGGAAGUGCACGACUGGACGGGCCUCUUGCUGGACGGCAGCCACGUUAACGACACCAUCAACCUCCACCAGUACAGACAGACACACAGUCGUCUCAUCCCCCCUUUUGAUUCGAAUCGACAUCAACUACUGUAUGAUGUGGUUGUAGGGCGUGGAUUACACUCGACAACGUCGUGGAUCUGUUUCAAGCCCACGCCAUCCCGCAACGCUUUGACCUGCUUUCUGUCGACAUUGACUUUAACGAUUACUACAUCCUUGACGCAAUUCUGCACCAGUACACGCCCACCGUCGUGGUGGUAGAAACCAACAGCCACUUCCGGUACCCCGACGACCGGGUGGUGACGUACGACCCAGUCGGAUGGGACGGCGAGACCAACUACUUUGGCGCGUCCGUCGCUGCGUUUGUCCGACUGUUGACCCCCCGGGGGUACACCCUCGUGUACUGCGAAUCCCAUGGGGUCAACUGCUUUUUUGUCAUGUCGGAGCUGUGGCCUGCGACGUGGACGGAAGAGCCUGCCACGAUCGACCGACCGCCGAAUUUCUUUGGCAAAGGGUGGAGCUACCCUCCAUCUCCACAUGCGACGUGGGUGUUCCAUGCCUAAUGCUGGAUGGAACUAUGUAUAUAGCGAAUAUAUGCGGGGGCGCCUGCAACUGCAAGUCAAUCCUCGCCAGGCUACUUACUACUGGAACACAUUCCACAUGCUUGUAAAAGUACUAGUGUAAAAUAAUGUUGUAGUAAAUACACCAGAUAUACCUGGUGUGACCAGAGUGCGC